AUGAGACAAACGGUCGUUACGUUCACAAAUGGCGAUCGCAUUAAACCCAAGAUUUAUAAACCCAUUGAAAGCAAUUACUUUUGCUUCAGACGUCUGAACGCCACGCAUCAGAUCGGAUGCAAUUCCAAAGAGGGCGGAAACGUCGGCGUCGUUCACGUAGUCAACGAUCAGACAGACAUCGAUCACGUGCUCAAAACCGGUCAACACUACCCAUACAUACCUGUGAUUACAGCGAAAUAUUUUAAAUUACUAACUGAUCCACGCAUUUGCAGAGAUAUACUGAAUCAGUUCAAGUCAUCGCCCAAACGAAUCACUGGUGUAUUAGUGAUCGACGAGAAGCGGACCUCAGAGGUGACCGGCUUAUCGCCCGACAAGACGUGUCCCAACGAUGGCUUUGGUCUCUACGCCGAUGACACCACUUAUGGUCACUGCGGACAACAGGAGUGGAACUCUGCGGGCGAGUCCACACUCAAGCACAACGACGGCCUUAUGUUCAAUGACUGGCCUUUCCCUAUAUUUAUGGUCAGAAAUGCCACUAAUAUUGAAGAGAUUAAAGAUUGUUUCAAACGCUAUGGAGGACCCGAGUACCCACUCUGUGGUAUACAACUGGAGGCGCCCAUGAAUGCGGCCAAGGAUUCCGUGGCGUGUAUUCGCCGG